GAAGUCUUGGCGCCUUUCCUUCUCACAGCUUCUCGCAGACUGUUACAGGAAGAGCCGCUUCUUCCUGCUUCCCAGACUGCCCGGCGGCUCCGGUUGCCGGGGAACGCAGGCGCCUUGGGAAAGGAUGGCGGGAGGCUACGGCUUAGGUACUGGAGCGGGAGUUCAGUUGGUGAAGAAGAGCUCUGGCUCGUCAUGAAACAACGAAAAGGCCAGGGGCCUGUAGUCGUCCGUGGCCGCAAGAAAAGAGGUUUGAGUGACAUUUCUCCAUCUACAAGCCUACCACCACUGGUUGAAGGCCAGCUACGCUGCUUUCUGAAACUUACUGUCAAUAAGGUCAUAUGGAAGAUUGCAAAGCCUCCCACUUGUGUACUUGUCCGAGUGAGAUGGUGGGGAGAAACAUCAGAUGGAACCCUAUUUUGUCCUAGGGACACAUUGCAGACUGAACCAAAAGCUGUGAGAACGACUACACGUUAUGCUGUUCGCUGUGGUCCAAAGCAGUUUACCUCUUAUCUAACUGAUAUGGCUGUGCUGGUGCUGGAAGUAAUCACCAAACUUGAUCAUCUUCCAAUUGGUAGAGUUCAGAUCAGUGGACUGGCCCAGCUUUCUCCAACCCAUCACAUCAAUGGAUUUUUUACCAUUGUUUCACCAACAUCCAAGAAACUUGGAGAACUCCAGGUCUCACUUGCCCUGGAGCCUCUGUCAGAAACUUAUGACAGCUACAAUCCUCUUCCUACUACCGAUGUGAAAGAAAAUGUGCUUUUAUCUGAGCAGGAAUUCAGAGAAUAUACUGAACCCAGCAGUACCCAGUUUCUGGUUCCAUCAAGGCCCCAUAGGAUGCCUACCACCAAAAUUGAUGGAAAAGAGUUAGCAGCUAACAGUAGUAGAUCAACCACUCCAAGGGGAAAGGACCACUUGUACUUUGCAGAAAACUCAGAUACAAUAAAGGACUCUUUCUUUGGACUACAACACCAUCUUAAUUCAGGACAGAGUUUAGAGUCUAUGACUCUGAAAGGCAAGACCCCACGGAAGCAGAUGUCCCUUCUUAACAGUUCUGAAUUCCAGCCUCAAAUUAGGACAGUGGCCAAGAGUCACAGCGAUUCAUGCAUUCUUUCUUCAAACAACCCCCCUACCAAGGACCUUCUUUCAGCUCUGUUAGAACAAGGCAAUAAACUGCGUAAUGCCAUGGUGAUUUCUACAAUGAAAUCAAGCCCAGAUACUAGCAUGUUGUUGGAUGAGGUUCAUCCUCCUAUGAAGGAAGAUUUUCUUAAAGCCUCAACACAAAUCAAAGCCUUGUCUAGGAACCAGUUUAAAGACCACAUAGAAGAUCACCUCCUCCCUCCAACUGAGAAUACAUUUUGGAAACAUGACACAAAAGAUGAUACCAGAGCUAUACAGUUGCUAUUGGGCAGUGCUGAAUUAUCCCAAGGUCAGUACUGGAAUGGGCUAGGCUCUCCUCCAGAUUCCCCAUCUCCUGGGAGUGAUGUGUAUUGUAGCAGUGAGCUGAAUGAUCCUCAGUAUGACCAGAGUCUCCUGGAGAGCUUAUUUUACACGGCACCUAAAUCUGAUAGCAGCAUCAGUGAUUUCUUCAGUGAAGAUGAUACUGUCCCUUCUAAAAAAAUGAACAAGUCAAAAGCUCUUGCCAAAUCUCCUAAGGUUGUGGAGUCAAAUGAUCUUAAGUUGAAGAAAAGGGCAGCGGGCAAGAAAAAUAGAAAUUUGGUUGAACAACAAAUGAUACCAGAAACUCCUGAAGAUACCCAAGUGAUGACACUAAGUGUGGAUAAAUUGGCCCUUUUGGGUAGAACACAUUCAGUCAGAAUCAUCAUUGAAACAAUGGGAGUUCCUCCAGAUAGUCCUCAGAUGACCUCUGGACAAAAAAGUUUUUCUGGCAGACCACCUAAGCUGACAGCAACAAAAAAGCGCACCUUCUUCGUGGAAUAUCACUUUCCUGUGGGCUUUUCUAAAGGUGGAUUGGGAAAGACAGCUUUGAUCACCGAGGUUGUUCGACUCGCCUCCAGUAAAAUUACAGAUGGAAUGGUGAACUUCCAGCAGCGAUUUGUGUUUCCAGUACAGUUUGGUGGCCCAAUGAUAGAACACUGGUGGAAUUCCAACCUCACUUUCCAAAUUUACACAAAGAAAACCCCACAGAAAAAGCCAGAAGUCAUUGGAUCUGCCUCACUGCCUUUACGAACUGUCAUUCAGUCUGAGUUGCUUUCUUUCAGUAACCAGCUUCCAGUGCAACAGGAGAAUGGUCAGACUCCACUGGGCCCCCUUAAGGUAACUGUAGAGCUUAUUAUAGAUAACAAGGAUUUCACUGGUGUGAAUACUAAAUUAAGUAGCAGCACCCAACAUAGCCCAUGUGCUCUUGCAAGUCCAGAUAAGACACUAUCAGAAUCUGGUCAAUAUGUUACCUGUACCAAAAAUCCAGAGAACCUAAAUCAAAUUCAAAAAGAAGCUGCAAAGAAAGUGCAAAAUUUGGUGCUCCCCAGCCCAAAGUCACCAAGUCCUGUUGCACCAAAUCCUUCAACCUUCAUGGCUGUGCCAGCCUCUCACGAUUUAGCAAAUCAGACAAAUGGGUCAACAAAAGAGACUGCUUUGCUGUUGCAUGUGCUCUUGAUGGUGCCAGAUGGGAAAGAUUUCAUUACUGGAGAAUCUGACAAACAACCACCGUGCAAUAUUUAUUUAAAUUGCAAACUUUUCAGCACAGAGGAAGUCACCAGAUCUGUCAUCGCAUGGGGCACAACACAACCAGUCUUUAACUUUUUUCAGGUGAUUCCUGUCUCUCUGUCUUCCAAAUACCUGGAAAGGCUGAAGGACAAUGUGAUGGUAAUUGAAACAUGGAACAAGUUGCGGAGCCCAGGACAGGACAAGUUGCAGGACAAGUUGCUCGGGCUGGUGAAACUCCCCCUCCAUCAGUUUUACAUGUCAUUCAAAGAUCCCAGAAUUUCUCGCCUGCUGCUUGAUGCUCAGUACCCAGUUGUUGCUGUUGACAGCUACAUGCCUGUGAUUGAUGUGUUCUCAGGCCACCAAAACGGGAGUCUUCGCGUCUUCUUAGCCAUGGGUUCUUCAGAUCAGAUAAUGGCACUACAAAGAUUAAAGAACGAAGAAGGAACACUUCCUCCCUUCAGCCCUAGGCCAGCCCAUUUUCUGGAUCAGCCAUUUAUAGCAUCUGUUAAUAUGGCAGAGGACCAAAGAAAUGGAUUGAUGGAGCAUCACUUUGAGCUCCAUGUAGAGAAAGUUAAAGGGCUAGCCCCUCUUCAGGCAACAGUCUGGGGAGAAGCAGAUUGUUAUGUCCAAUACUACUUUCCAGUUCAAGACUCCCAAUCCAGUGUGCUAAAAGGACCUGAGUUCCCUGAAAAUGGUAGGUUUGGGAGGGCUCUGGCCGAGCAGGAACCCGCUCUACAGUUCAGUGCCACAGUCGGGGUCAAUGCCUUUGUCACCACUCAUCUCUCCUUCCUGCCCAAAGGAGAACAGCGCCGAACCCGCCCUAUAGCCUGUUCCUUCUGUCCUGAGUUCUCCCACCACGUUGAGUUUCCAUGUAACUUGGUGACUCAGCACUGCAGUGGAGAGGCCUGUUUCCUGGCAGAACUGUUGGAAUUUGCAGAGGUCACUUUUGCUAUUUAUCAUGAAGAUACCAAGUCAGGCAGUGAUAUAACCAGUAUUCAGUCAUUCAGAGAUUAUCUGCUUGGAGUAGUAAAGGUUCCAACAAAAGAGCUGCUGGUCAAGAGAUCUGGGAUCACAGGAUGGUAUCCUAUCAUUUUGCCAGAGGAUGGGACCCUGCCUCACGGUUUGGAGCUCAUGCAGAAGAUCGUGGGUGGCCUGGAACUUUCAGUUUCCUUCACGCAUCCUGGAGAUAGAGAGCGGGUGUUGGAAGCUGCUGAGCUAUUGGGCUGGAGCUUUGAGAAUAAUCUGAAGAAUCUUGUCAAGAUGAAUGAAGAGGAACCAGCCACUGUCACCAUAUCCACCCCAAGGCUCUGGUUGCCCAUCCAUUGUGUGCUUCUGGCCGGCCAGAACCACAUUCAUAAGAACACAUACUGCUACCUCCGCUACAAACUGUAUGAUCAUGAGGCCUUCUGGACCCCUCUUAAGAAGCCUAAGGAAUCUACAAACCAAAAACAGGUCAUGGUUACUUUCAAGGCAUCCAAAAGAGCAGAAGUCACUAGGGGCCCGUCACUGCUUUGGUAUUUCAGGGAGGAGAGGUUAGAGAUCCAAGUGUGGCGGGCUUAUGGCAAUGACAGUGUGGAGAGGCCCCACCAGAUGGACAGUUGGAUUGGCUCAGCCUAUGUGGACCUGGCCAGACUUGGGGAGAGGUCAGCAAGGACAUUAACUGUCAGUGGUGUGUAUCCUCUAUUUGGACGAAAUGCUUCCAACCUCUCAGGAGCUGCUUUGCGAGUUCAUGUGGUUCUUUCCUCUCCUUCCCCAUACCCUGGGCCCGCUCCUGAGAUGGAUUCUGUGGACUGCAGCAGCCACAGUGAGUCUGAGCAGUUCCCCAGAAGGAAUGAUGAGAUUCAGCUCUCUCCAUCACCUGGCCACCGGAAGUCUCCUGCGUCCACCCAGGUCCCCUGCAAAAACACCACAAGGGAAAUCUGCCCAGCUGAGGAGGGCCCUGCCAAGUUGGAUGGAACUUUUGCAGUCAGUAUCCUGGUAGAAAGAGCGAUGCAUUUGAGCUUAAAAGGGAGUCCCUUGACCGAGCGGAAAGUGUUGACACCCAGUUGUUGUGUAUCCUUUGCAACGGCUGAUGAUGCAUCUCCUAUCUACACCCAAGUGGUUGAAAACACAGAUUCCCCCAUCUGGAAUUUUCAACAGCAGUCAAGGCUAUCAAAAGAGCUUCUUUUGGACCCUCAACAAACUCUGGUCUUCAAAGUUUGGCAUAAAGGAGAUGAAGAGAGGGUGAUUGGCUUUGCCUCGGUGGACCUCUCCCCACUUCUUUCUGGCUUCCAGUUUGUCUGUGGAUGGUACAACAUCACAGACUUCAGUGGAGAGUGCCAGGGGCAGAUAAAAGUUGCUAUCUCCCCUCUGGAGAGUUUGAUGCACUUCAAAGAAGAAAGACAAUCAAGACGUGGGGUGGAGACCCCAGGAUCCCUGAUCCCAAUAUAUAGCCCCUUUUCCUUCCCUGCCUCUGAUAUGUGUACUGCAUUCCCCAGCUGCAUUGCAAGAUGGACCCCAGAACAACUUGCUCACACCUCAUCAAAGGAACUUGAUUUCUCCUCCCCUGAGAGAAGUGGUACCGCAAGAAGUCAGGCAUCACGCCAUGAAGAGCAUGUGCAGAAUAUCCGCCGGUUUCAUGAAUCCCUGCAGCAGGGAGAGGCAGUUUUGCCACGUGAUGACAAACUGACCACAUUGCCUUUGUCCUCCCGUACUUCCAUUCUGACUUCUCUCAGGAGGAAUCUGAAUGAGCUAGAUCAGAUCCAGCAGUACUUCAGUCAGAAGCUCACCAAGCCUUUACUUCCCCUCAGUGCUCAGACUCAUACCAUCUUGCAGUGUCCGGAGAGCCACAGGGACCAUCGUGGGCCCGGAGACAGCAGCCUAGACCCAGAGAGCCAGUGCAUCCUGGAGAAAUCCAAUAACCUGGUGUUGCAAGUCAGCUCCUUAAUCACGGAUCUGCAGACCAUCACCAAGAAUUCUCAAGCAUCUUUGAGUUCUCACCGAGCCCGGAGUAGAAGCGGAGACGUUCCCACCCUACCAGAUGCUCAGGACACAGUGGCCAUGCAGGAACGAAGCACAACUCCAGACCUGCCAUUGGCAAGAGCUCCGGAUGAGGGCAGAAACCACCUAACUCCCCCUACUCUUGAAGAGACUUCAAGCGGAAGAGGAAUGCUCCGUGAGUCCCUGGGGCACACAGUACCCAUUACAAGGAUGCAGAGCAGUGAGGAAACUGAGGCAGGCCCAGCCUACAGUGAUGAGGACUAUGAAGAAGACCUCAUUGAGCCCAGGACACUCAAUGACAUCACCACCGUGACAGACAAAACUAGCCCUUGGUCCAGUUUCAUGUCAGACGCAAGUGAGAUCAUCAGCCUUCAGCCCGAUGAGGUGCAUAAGGAAGGCCCUUCUUGUCCUUCUUCAAAGCGUUUCCCCAGAGAGGAGCUCAAGGGCAAAAGUAGCCCUCUGCCCGGCCCAGGAAGGGCGGUCCACCCCCACCUGCUUAGGCAGGGUUCUCCUAGCCAAAGUCUUACUGCUUGUGAGGCUGAAGCCUCUCAUGCCAGGGAUGGAGAGCCUGCUUCAGCAGACCGUCAACUCGUCUCACAAGUGACACUCUCAGGAGCCCAACAGAGCAGCACUUCUGUUGGAUUGAGCUCACCAAGAGCAGAUCAGGACCAGGAGCCCAAGCCAGAGGCCCAGACUGAGCAUGAGGCUGCCUCCAGUGAACUAAGUGAUUCUGCUGAUAGCUUCGAGAAAUUCCCUCUCCACCUAGCCUCCCAGAGCAGGAAGGAAAGCCAUCGGGCGCUACCCAUCAGCUGCCCUGACAUCAGGCAGAAGCAGGCAACAUCUGGAUCAGAGGUGUCCACAAGGCAGAGCCUCCUGCCGGAGCCCAUUGUGGUGCCCAACUUCUUUUUGCCUCCCCAGCAGUUGGAGGCCUCCCUGCGGAUGCUGUCAUUCUCUGCAGCUUUGCCACCACCAGCCACAACAGACCAGGACAAGAGUGAGGCCUCCAGCAGAGCCUUGUCCAGAAGGCCUUCUCGUCCCAGACCUAACUCGCUGCCUUCCAACUUGCCUGAGGAAGAAACUCGCAGGAUUGCACGGAUAUUUUCUUCCCAAUACUCCCAGAAAGACUAAUACAGACUGAAAGACAAAGGGAAGGAUCCACCUGCCCACCCUCCUUUGGCCUUGUCCAGCUUGCAUGAGGCACAAGGUCUGCUUCCUUCAAGGCCGUGAGAGCCCUGAAACCACCACCAGCCUAGUCCAUGGGUGCCUUGAGACCCAUCCAGCGCAGCCUGGAGGAACGUCCCAAAGCAGUCCAAAUUCCACCUGCUAGGAUUUCAACUUCUUCCUUCUAAACAAAAUGGAUUCCAGUACCCAAGUGGAACCACCCAUCUUUUGACCAAGGGACCCAAGCAGGCAUCUCUCAGCUGAGAAACUCCUUCCAGUGUCCUUGAUAGCCUUCUGCUGACAUGAGCCCACCUUCUGCCUGAAUAUCACGGGCCAUUUUUGCCUUAAAGUUUGGGUGAGGUAGAGGAGGGGGUGGAGAUUGUGUGUGUUGCGCAUAGCGGAGGAAACCUAGGGCCACCUUCAAUUGAUUUGCUUAGAGAUAAGGGUAUUUUAUAGAUAUAAAUUAUUUUUAUGCUGUGUUGAAUUAAUCAAUAGAAAAGGAGGGGGAAAAUCACCUCCUUCAGACUUUUUAUCUGAUUAUCUGAGAUUCUAACCAUGCUUUUAACUUACUGUUUUUACCCAGCUCUGAAGGUCAUUGUUCCUGCCUGUGUUUGAAUAAAAUCAUAUUGGUACUGGUA